AUUUGUUUCAUUUUUGCCAGUUGGUUUAGAUGAAGACCUACAUCAUUCUCUAUUGACAAAGAAAGUGUGCAAUAAGCAUAACAAGCAUUGGUCCAUAGGAGUUAUCUCAUAGCAAGAGAAUUUUGGCAUCAUGGCUGACGAGGAAUAUGAACCUGAUGAUGUUGGAGAAGACAUGUAUGAUCAAGAGCCAGAGGAUGAUAAUAUGGAGGAAUUGGAGCAAGAUGAGGAUGAGGGAGAGAAUGUUGAUAUCAUCCCCAGUGGAGAGCAUGGAGAACCAGGGCAACCAGCUAAACGGAUCACAACACCUUAUAUGACUAAAUAUGAGCGAGCAAGGGUUCUUGGUGCUAGAGCCUUGCAGAUUGCAAUGUGUGCCCCCAUCAUGGUAGAGCUGGAAGGUGAGACAGAUCCUCUUAUGAUAGCCAUGAAGGAGUUGAAGCAGCGCAAGAUCCCCCUUAUCAUCAGACGUUAUUUGCCAGAUGGUUCACAUGAGGACUGGGGCAUUGAUGAACUCAUCAUCACAGAUUGAAUGGUGCCUCCAGUCAUCGCUCCUGAGAAUCUGGCAAGUCUGGUGGUGGAAUGGUUCCAGGAGAAAAAAUUUCUCAUUGGAUUCAUCAUUGGGCAGGUCCUCAUCUCCAACUAUUAUUUUGCUAAUGUGACGAAGCAGAAGGUCUAUGCUGUUCACUUGUGCCCAAUGGCUCCUGAAGGAGACAACGAGGAUGAAGGAGAAAAGAAAAAGAAUACAUGCUUGAAGUUGGCUGAUGUGAAGGAUAAGCUCUUCAGUAUUAAUGCUAAGCAGGUUCUACGUUGCAUGCCUGGAGGUUUCAGUAUUCUUGGAAUAUUCUGGAGCAGUGAAGGAGACUUUUGGAAUAAAAAAGGGAAUGCACCAGAAUUAGGGAAAUUGAGAAGUCUUCUCUCUGUUAUUUCUAAACUAGAGAAGCAUCAGCCAUGGAGCUCUGAUGUAGUACAUCCAUUUCCAGAGCUGCUUCUCAACAUUGACAAGACAUCUACCAGAUUCUCAUGUCGCACCCUGGACUUGACCACAAUGGUAUCUUCACCUCAUCCUGUGGAGUGGAAGUUUCAUCACACUCCUACUAGGUGGCAGGUAGUAGAGUCCAAAGUCACAGUAGAUUGGAAGUUUCACACUGGACAUUUGAUGGAACCUUCUGCUCUCAUGAAGAGUUUUACGGUAGGAAUGGAGCCCUUCAUGGAAAGCAUAGCAAAAGCUAUUUGCUUGUUUAAUGGAGAAUUGAGGGAUGAAGAUGAAAUUCUCAACACCGACACAGGGAAGAGGUUGAGUCGGCGCAGAGGCAGUGAUGAGAUCCUAUCCCCUAUCAACGUUGAUUUCCUCAUAAAACCUGCAUUUUUGGAGAAACAUGGAGAGGUAUGUGGUGAAGAGCAACAGAAUGUUCCAUGUGGAAUGGGUUUUUGGAUGAAAGUACAAGGAACUCUCUGUGCCAGAGCAUAUCUUCAUUCCAAAGCUACUAUUUCUGAAGCCCUGGAAUACUUAAAGAGGGAUGUUAUCCUCACACUGGCUCAUCGAUGGCAAAUGCAUUGUGAUUCUCUUUUGGAAGACAUGGAUGGGACUGAAGAAGAUAUGGUGCUGCACGAACCUCCACGUAGAAUCUUUGUUCCAAUAUCUGAAGGAAGCCAGAUUUGUUUCUGUGAUUACAUUUAUCCUGAGGAAACAGGAGGGGAAGUUUGUUCUUCCUUGUCAGAGCUCCUGGGAAUCCCACUCAAUGAAGACUCCAUUGACAUGGAUUCAGAGGUUCCACCUUCUCAAGUGGAGGAAGGUGCCAUGACAUCAAGUGAUGGAGAGGAAACAGCUUCUGAAGCAAAUUCAGUUCAUGUGAUGGCAACAACAGAGACAAAGGGGAAUAGUGUAUUCAUCCUUGGAUCAGUGCUGGCCUGUCUCUUUGCUCUUGCUGCAGCCUUCUUUGUUUCCCAGCAAGCAAGUCACAAUGGGGAGUUGACAUCUCAAUGACAUUGUCAGAUGUGGCAUGUUUUGUUCUGGAAUCUGGAGUAUUUUAUUCUCUGACACGUAUAUUGCAUUCAUUCCGAGAAGAUGAUAUUUCAGAAGUGAC